AUGAACAAAAUAGUAUUUCUACCUUAUUAAUUUAGUUUUGUUAGCUCACUUUAUUACCUUACCUCACGUUACCUUAUUAUUCUUGUUAGCUCCACCGCAAGACGCAAUGUCAGACGAGCCCGUGAAUAUCAUAAGGGAAAGCACAAGAAAUCUGUUAAAAUUAAACCGAAGGAUACAUAAAGAUGAAGAAACCAAUUCGCGCCGUGCUAUACAAGAAAUAAGGAUUACUAAAGAAACUAUAUUAGAUAUUGCGAACAGACUUAAAACAAAAUCAAGCAUAUCAAUCUCAGACCUUCAAAUACUGAAAAAUGGCUUAAUAGAAGAUAGUAAUUAUAUUGAAAUAGUUCUAAAUGUACAUGGUGCUGUGCGAGGACUCAUCAGAGAAUUAACGGGUCACAAUGUAAAGAAGCAAUGUGCUGCUGCUGGAUGCUGCUGUAACUUAGCCUUGGGUGACUCCCGGGCAUGUUUGACAAUUGCCAAAGCUGCCGGGUCAUAUCUAACUGCUGCUUUGGAUAACCUUACUACAGAAUUAGCUGUGUCAUGUGCCUGGACCCUUGGCAACUUAGCGGGUGCUGAUCCGAAGGUAUGCGACAUUCUCACAUCCCAGGGAGCCCUCGCCAAGCUGAGUGAAGUCAACACUAAUGAAGAUUUCCAAGAGGCUGCAUUAUAUGCCUUAGUGCAUUUUACCUACCAGAUGAGAGAUAAUCUAAGAUCAGAUCAACUAAUUAAAAUUCUCCAAACAUUAACAAGACUCGAUAUCAGUAUGAUGUCUGCACACCUACUCUUCAUAACAUCGUGUCACGAACAUUUCUCUGAAAAUAUCACUGAAGAACUAUUCCAGAAGAUUCUAGAAGACAUACCGACAGCAUUCGAAUACCAUACGCAAAAAUGUUCGCAGAUAAAAAUAUGUUGUAAAUUAGUGUACUUAAUACGAACUUUAGCUAACAUGGAUAAAAUGUAUGAUGUUAUUUUAAACUACUUUACUUUAAAUAAUACGAGUGAAAUGUUUAAAAGUUUGUUAAACUCAAAUAAAUGUGUCAGUGAUUCGUGUCUAUGGCUCUUAGGUAACUUAUUCAAUUACUGUAAUAAUAAACAAUUCUUUGAUAUGUUAAUUAGUUGAUAUUUUAUACAGAUAAUAAAGUUGUUUUACAU